AGGAUUGAGGGGCUGCGAUUGUGGGAGCCAGGAGUGAGGGGCUGAGAUUGCGGGUCAGGAUUGAGGGGCUGAGAUUGCGGGAGCCAGGAGUGAGGGACAGAUUUCAGGUCAGGAUUGAGGAGCUGGGAUUGCGGGCUGGGAAUGAGGGGCCAAGAUUGCGGGAGCCGGGAAUGAGGGGCUGAGAUUGGGGGCUGCGAGUGAGGGGCUGAGAUUGCAGGCUGGGAGUCAGGGGCCGAGAUUGCGGGAGCCGGGAACGAGGGGCUGAGAUUGCGGGUCAGGAUUGAGGGGCUGAGAUUACGGGCUGCGAGUGAGGGGCUCAGAUUGCCGGUUAUGAGUUAGGGGCUGAGAUUGCGGGAGCCGGGAGCGAAGGGCCGAGGCCGGCGCCGGGGCGGGCGAGCGGCCGGGCCGCGCGGAGGCAGGCAGCGGACCAUGUAAGGCUUUAUUUCCCCGGGGCCGCGGCGCGAGGCCGGCCGACCCGCCGGGCGGCCCUGCCAAAAAAUGCGGCCGGCGGGCCAGGCCGCAACGCGCGCGGCGGGCUGGCGCGUCGCCCCGGGGGGCCUCCGAAACGGGGCCGCCGGGGAGGAGGGCCGUAACGGGAGCUUCAAACCCGAUGCUGAGUAAUUGCAGCCGGCGCCUGAGUCACCGUUGGCCCGCGGUGGCCCCUUCCCCUCCGUUUUCCGUCCUCCCACCCCGACGGCAGCCGGCGCGUGCUUGCCGGAGCGUCUCGGUGCCGAGGCGAGGAAGGGGCUGAAUCCCUCAGGAAUAAGUAAUUAAUCCGCCCCGCGCUAAUCGGAGAGUGGCUUCGCCUUGAUUUCCGCCCCCGGGAUCCCUACGGAGGAGGAGGGCGAUGGGCUCGGCAGGGAAAACCCUCCCCUGCACGUUCCGGCCGGCUCCGGCCCGCGCGGGUCGGGCCGACUCGUCAAGGUCGUUUUUAACGAGCUUGCGGCCGGGGCGGGCGCAGAGGCUGGCGGUGGAGGCGGCCGCGCCGCGAGCAGCCCCGGCAAGGUGAGUCCCGGCCCCGGUGGGGCUCGCUGCCCCCCAAGCGCCUUCGACCCCCCUCCCCGGCGAUGGUUCAUCACGCCGAGGACGCGGAUCGUCGCCCGCCCGCUCCGGGGAUGGAGCCCACGGAUUGCGCCGGUGCCGACGGGCUGCGGGAGGAGGAGGAGGCGGCGGAGCGGGUGCUGGUGUCGGAGAAAAGCUGGCGGCCCUGCCCCAAAAGCCGGAGGCGGCUCCGAGGGUGCCUGGAGUUCGUGCAAAGGCAGCUCUUCCGCGUCGGCGAGGACUGGUACUUCCUCUUCGCGCUGGGCGUCCUCAUGGCCAUGAUCAGCUUCAUGAUGGACCUCAUCGUCUACAGGCUCUACGAGGCCCACCGCUGGCUUUACCAUGAGGUCGGUGACUACUUGGUGCUCAAAUACCUCUCGUGGACCAUGUACCCGGUGGCCCUGACGGCCUUCUCCACCGGCUUCUCGCAGAGCAUCACGCCGCACUCAGGAGGUUCUGGCAUCCCCGAGCUCAAGACCAUCCUCACGGGCGUCAUGCUGGAGGACUACCUGGCCAUCAAGAACUUCGGCGCCAAGGUGGUGGGCCUCACCUGCACCCUGGCCUCGGGCAGCACCGUUUUCCUGGGCAAAGUGGGCCCCUUCGUCCACCUCUCCGCCAUGGCGGCGGCGUAUCUGGGCAAGAUGCGGACGACGGUGACCAAGGCGUACGAGGACAAGUUCAAGCAGAACGAGAUGCUGGUGGCGGCCCAGGCUGUCGGGGUGGCCACGGUCUUCGGGGCGCCCAUCAGCGGGGUGCUCUUCAGCAUCGAGGUGAUGUCGUCCCACUUCGCCGUGCGCGAUUACUGGCGGGGCUUUUUCGCCGCCACCUGCGGCGCCUUCAUGUUUCGCCUCCUCGCCGUCUUCAACAGCGAGCAAGAAACCAUCAUCGCCCUCUUCAGGACCAACCUCAAGAUCGACUUCCCCUUCGACCUCCCGGAGACCUUCUUCUUCAUCGCCUUGGGGGUCAUCUGCGGCGUCAUCAGCUGCGCCUACCUCUUCUGCCAGCGCUGGCUGCUGGGCUACGUCAAGGAGAACAAGUUCACGGCCAAGCUGCUGGCCACGGACAAGCCGGUCUACACGGUGCUGGUGGUGCUGCUGCUGGCGUCCAUCACCUUCCCGCCGAGUCUGGGGCAGUUCAUGGCAUCCAGGCUCAGCAUGAAGGAGUACCUCAUCUCGCUCUUCGACAACCGCACCUGGGGCGAGCUGGCCCGCAACGCGUCGCCGGCCGUCCUCGGCGAGCCCCAGCGCCUGUGGCAGGAGUGGUGCCACCCCGCGGUCCCCUUCUUCGGCACCUUGGUCUUCUUCUUGCUCAUGAAGUUCUGGAUGCUCAUCCUGGCCACCACCUUGCCGCUGCCCGCCGGCUACUUCAUGCCCGUCUUCGUGUACGGAGCCGCCGUGGGGCGCUUGGCGGGCGAGACGGUGGCCGCGCUCUUCCCCGAUGGCAUCAACGCGGAGGGCGGCGUCCGGCCCGUGGUCCCCGGCGGCUACGCGCUGGCCGGGGCGGCGGCGUUCUCCGGCGCCGUCACCCACUCGGUGUCCACGGCGCUGCUGGUGUGCGAGGCCACGGGGCAGCUGGCCCACGCGCUGCCCGUCACCCUGGCCGUGCUGGCCGCCAACGGCGUGGCGCAGAAGUGGCAGCCCUCCUUCUACGCCGGCACCAUCAUCGUCAAGAAGCUGCCCUACCUGCCGCCCAUCCGCAGCCGGCACAUGGCCUCCUACCGGGUGCUCACGGAGGAGUUCAUGGACCGCCACGUGCCGUCGGUGGCCAAGGCGGACGGCUUCGCCGAGGUCCUGGCCGUCCUGACGGCGACCGGCGACGCCGAGUUCCCCGUGGUGGAAAGCGCAGCGGUGCCCACGCUGGUGGGGACGGUGAGCCGCGCCGAGCUGGUGGCCUUCGUGCAGAGCCGCGGCGAGGCCGGGACGCCGCGGGGGGAGAAGCCGGCGGGGACGGUGGGGGACGACUGCGCCAUCGAGCCCGUCAUGCUGCAGCUCUCGCCCUGGACCUCGCUGCACCAGGCGCAUCACCUCUUCGAGCUGCUGAAGCUGCAGCGCCUCUUCGUCACCCGCUUCGGGGAGCUGGUGGGAGCGGUGACGCGGGCCGAGCUGCGGAGAGCCAUCGAGCAGCUCGCCGACCCCAAGUGAUGCUGAUGCCGCCGGCACGUGCACCGAGGUGGCCCGGUCUCAGCGGGCGCCUCGGUCCCCCACCCAAAAACCCCAAAAGCCGAGAAUUUGGGGCGCUCGGCUCCACGUGGCCACCCCAGAAAAAAAAAAAAAACCCUGCUCUGA